CACUAGCUAUGUGUAGUGUAGUGUAGGUGGCUGAAUUCUCGGUUUGAGACGCGGACAGAUUUAUCUGCCCGUUCACGGUUCACCCCGAGAGCUCUGACGAUCAGGGAGCCCAUUGGCUCCCACCGCAACGGUUCACCGACCGACAGCCAAUCACUGCAGCGGGACCCGGCACCUCCCACCCGCCCGUAUUAUGGCUGCUGUGUAAGAUGUGUGAAACCCUUAAACAAGUUUCUGUCGCUGUUAUUUAACCGGUAUUUGAGUGUGUGUGAGUGAUCAUGUCCGCGGGCGUCAUGCUGAAGAAUGUACACAGACUGUGUCGAUAUUCUCUGGAGGUCUCCAGAGCGCGGCUGUAUCACACAGAGAGGGGGGUUUACGGUUACAGACCGCGGACAGAGACUCCGGAGGGGGACACGGGGCUAUCCCAGCUAGAACACUUCUCCUCACUGAACCAAGACCAUGGACUGGCCAGGCUGGUGGAGGCCUAUAGAACACAUGGGCACAAGGCUGCUAAAAUUAACCCUUUACUCCCCCACUCGCCUGUCAUGGAUAAGGUACCAGAAAUCUCGCUCCUGAAUGGCUCACUCCAAGGAGUCCUGAACACAGCAGGUUUGAAGCACUUUGGAAAGGCGAAGGCCACCACAGAGGAGGUAAUAGCAUAUUUGGAGAACACAUACUGCGGUAGGAUCUCUGUGGAGACCAGCCAGCUGCAGAGUCUGGAGGAGAGAGUGUGGUUCGCGGAUCGCUUUGAGGAGCUAAAGAAAGAGUCUUUCUCUGCUGAGGAGCGGAAACAGCUGGCAAAACUCAUGCUUGAAUCACAGGAGUUUGACCAUUUCUUAGCAACUAAGUUUGCCACAGUGAAACGCUAUGGAGGAGAGGGAGCAGAAAGCAUGAUGGGAUUUUUCUUGGAAUUGUUUCGUUCUGCAGCAAUAAGUGGAGCGACCGAUGUAGUAAUGGGUAUGCCUCAUCGUGGACGACUCAACUUGCUUACUGGACUUUUGCGCUUCCCACCUGAGCUAAUGUUUCGUAAAAUGAGAGGUCUGAGUGAGUUCCCGGAGAAUUCACCUUCCAUCGGGGAUGUGCUGUCUCACCUUACCUCUUCUGUUGAGCUGGAACUGGGUGCUGGAAACCCGCUUCAUGUUACAAUGCUGCCCAACCCCUCCCAUUUGGAGGCCAUCAACCCUGUGACGCAGGGAAAGACCCGUGGUCGUCAGCAGGUCAAACAGGAUGGAGACUACUCUACUGAUCCACACGCUUUGCCUGGAGACAAAGUCAUCUGUCUGCAGGUUCAUGGUGAUGCCUCAUUUUCGGGACAGGGAAUUGUACCAGAGACCUUCACUCUGUCAAACCUGCCUCACUUCAGAGUUGGUGGAAGCAUCCACCUCAUUGUCAACAAUCAAGUGGGCUAUACCACUCCUUCUGAGAGGGGUCGAUCAUCCGUCUACUGUAGUGAUGUUGGUAAGAUGGUGGGCUGUGCUGUGAUUCAUGUGAACGGAGAUGAUGCUGAGGAAGUGCUCAGAGCGACGCGACUAGCCGUGGAGUACCAGAGGCGUUUCAGGAAGGAUGUUAUCGUGGACUUGCUGUGUUACCGCCAGUGGGGACACAAUGAGCUGGACGAGCCCUUUUUUACAAACCCAGCCAUGUACAAGAUCAUUCGCUCAAGGAAGAGCAUCCCUGAUUCAUACGCAGACCAGCUGGUUUCUGAAGGGCUGAUGACCGAGGAGGAGUGUGGGAGCAUCAAGACAACUUACUAUUCCAUGCUCAAUGACCGACUUGCCAACAUGACUUUAUAUAGCCCUCCACCCACCAACCUCCAGGGCCGCUGGGGGGACCUUGUGGAGCCCCAGAGCAGAGUUUCAUCCUGGGACACUGGUGUGGCUGUACCUCUGCUCCAGUUUGUGGGGGCCAAGUCAGUGGAUAUCCCUGAGGAGAUCCAGGUUCAUGGUCACCUCAGGAAGACACAUGUGCAAGGAAGGCUGCAGAAACUUGAAGAAGGAACAAAGUUAGACUGGUCCACUGCAGAGGCCCUGGCUUUUGGCACACUACUUUGCCAGGGUUUUAACAUUCGGAUCAGUGGCCAGGAUGUGGGCCGUGGUACGUUUAGCCAGCGUCACGCAAUGGUUGUGUGCCAGGAGACGAGCGAGUUGUACAUCCCUCUCAAUAACAUUGACCCUCAACAGAAAGGCUACCUGGAGGUGUGUAACAGUGCACUCUCUGAAGAGGCAGUGUUGGGUUUUGAGUAUGGGAUGAGUAUUGCACAGCCAAAACUGCUGCCCAUCUGGGAGGCUCAGUUUGGAGAUUUUUUCAACGGCGCUCAAAUCAUCUUUGACACAUUUAUUUCUGGAGGUGAGGCAAAGUGGUUGCUGCAGAGUGGUAUGGUGAUCCUGCUGCCCCAUGGCUAUGAUGGAGCUGGACCCGAACAUUCAUCCUGUCGAAUCGAACGUUUCUUACAGAUGUGUGACAGUAAAGAGGAAGGGGUUGAUGGCGAUACGGUAAAUAUGGCGGUAGUGAAUCCUACAACACCUGCUCAGUACUUCCAUCUCCUGAGGAGACAGAUGAUCCGAAACUUUCGCAAACCACUGAUCGUGGCUUCACCCAAAACACUGCUAAGAUUUUCUGGGGCAGUGUCAAGCCUGGAAGAGAUGGGCCCUGGCACUUCCUUCAAGUCUGUAAUAGGUGAUAGCUCUGUAAAUCCUGAAAGUGUUCAGCGGGUGCUUCUUUGCUCAGGCAAGCACUAUUAUGCGCUGCUGAAGCAGAGAGAGACGUUGCCUGAGGCAUGUAAGAACACAGCGCUGAUCAGAGUGGAGGAGCUGUGCCCCUUCCCCACAGACGCCCUGCAACAGGAGCUCCGCAAAUAUAGCAAUGCCAAAGAGUUUAUCUGGAGCCAGGAAGAACCGCAGAACAUGGGAUGCUGGUCUUUUGUGUCUCCCCGGUUUGAAAAACAGCUUGGCUGCAAGUUGCGGGUGAUCAGUCGGCCUGCUCUGCCUGCUCCAGCAGUUGGCAUCGGAACCCUUCACAAUCAGCAAAGUGAAGCUAUUCUCACUGCCUCCUUCUCUUGAGACAACACUACACUUAAACACUACAUAAAGCACUUAGCCAUAUCAGCACCCGGGACGGUAUGGCUGCCUUCAGAACACUUCUCCCAAUGAGCCUCUUUGACAUCAGUGACUGUAGAAAACACAACGCUGUGGUUCCAUUUCUAUAAGUUUUAUAGAAAUGAAACCAAAAAUGUCUACCAUGUUGCAUCCAGAAUCUGUGCAUUAGAAAACAGAGGUGGAGCCAUUGGAGAAAUUAAAUGGGGAAUUUGCUGUUUUGACGCUGAAACACUUGGUGAUGGGUGGCGUAUCAUACUGCAACCAGCCAGCAAAGACUUCACUUUUGAGAGAGGUUGCUGUGUCCGUGUUUUCUACAGUCCUCAGUAGGGCCCUUUUACACUACUAAUCAUUAGGGUGUUUAACAAUAUAUAUUAGUACUGUUCCUCAUUACAUUGGAACGUCAAGGGAAAAAAAAUUAAACUUUAUUCUGCACUGCACCAGAUAUAUCAUCCAGAAAUGAUAAUUGGUGUAGAUUGACAAGCAUUGGAACUUUUAGAUUACGAGGGUCUCCCCUGAGAUCUUCUUUAUAUUGGGAUAUAUGAUAAGAUUAAGACAUUACAGUGAGACAAACAGUUAAUUCAAAUAUACAUGCAGGGGCCAAUCAUGCAUGUAUUUUACAGUGUAGAUUAUACAUUUUAUUUAUAGAGAUUUUUGAAAUACAAUAUAAAAAAAAAACAUCUAGCAGGUUUAGAUCUAAUAGAAUUGAAAAUUUAAAGAGUCGAGUUGUUGCCUGGAAAUAGGUUUAUUACUAGUUUAAUACUAGUUGUGAUGGUCAUGUGGGAAAUAAUACUGUGAUGUUUUGGAGUAGCACAAAUGAAAAAAAAAGCAUCAAUGGCCUUUAUCGCUAUUUUUUUUUUUUUUUUAUCAGAUUUUAAUUAUAUAUCAAAUCCACACAAGAGGGAAUGUUUUGUGGAAAAAGUGUUCACAGAAUAGGUAAAAAAAAAUCCAGGUACAAUUAUCCCCCCACAAAAUAGUAUUUGCAGAACAAAGGGCUAAAUCUGUCCCGAAUUAUUGUAAAUUUGCACUGCUAUGUUGGUUUCUAAUGUGUCUGAUUUACAUGCACUCACUACAACAAGAAGAAAGAAAUGCACUAUUCAUUAAAAAUGGUAGGCAUUGCUUCAACACCUUGGAUCCUUAACGAUCAACUUGUCAACUGUACAGAUCAAUGUUUUAAACUGAUUGUAUUUUUCUCUAGAUGCUACUGGACAUUCUACUUGAAUAUGUAAUUUACUGGGGGUAAUAUUUACUUGUAGUAAAUCAUGUAUUGUUGAUAUUUAUAUCAGUUCAGAUUGUGUGUGAGGUAUCAGAACAGCAUCUUCUCUGUUGUUGUUUUAGGAUCAGUCUAUUUCUGUUUCAGUCUUCUGUUGGAAGUGAUGAAUUAUUGGAGGAAAAAAAUAAUGCUUUUAUGUGACUUUA